AUGGCCGCAGGCAUGCCCGAGAUGACCACAGCGCACUCAACUACCCACGAUGGUGGCAGCGCCCCGGCCGCAGCUUCACAGUCUAUUCUAAGCUCAACAGUUUACGAUGCGCCGCUGUCGCAGCAACAAACGCCACCACACCAUCUACACCAGCAAACGCCAUCGCAGGGUCUUGCGCUCACUCAGCAACAGCAGCAGCAACAACGAAGUGUAAAGAGACCCAGGCCAGUCAAGUCAUGCACCGAAUGCCGGAAGCGCAAACUACGAUGCGAUCGACUUUGUCCCUGUUCUCAAUGCCAGAAAUCGAAUCGAACCUGCAAAUAUGCUAUGGAUCAUGAUUCCGCAAACCUCUCUGAAGGCUCAGAUACCGAAAUGCCAGAACCAUCUCGACCAGCGAAGCGCAAUUGCAACCCCGGCAUAUUCAACUCAGGCACUCCUCUCCCUAGUAACGAUUCAACAUAUGGACCUAUCCGUAAUGGGGAUACUGGAGCUACGCCUUCCCUCGAAGAGUUGUCAAUGCGUAUGGAAAGGCUUGAGAGGCAACUCAUGGCCAGAAGUCCCGUUGUUUCGGAAGGCAGUGGUGGCAGGCUAAUUGCUGCGUCCUCUGAGACCAUCCGAGGAUUGACAGUCAAGCAAGGAGCGUUACGAACAAGAUAUCACGGCCAAAAUAGUCCUCGUGUCUUGCUCAACCUGUUUGACGAAGCCAAGGAUUUCAUGGCAAACAAUUCGAAUAAUAAUGGCGUCCGAGAUGUUCUGCUAAACUUCAAGCGGUUUCACAAAGCGCUCAUUGACGAGUACCGGAAAUCUUUGUCUCCGAUCACCGUCUUUGUGGACUCGAUGAUGCCCGUUCAGAAGCGAAUGACUGAUAUCCUACCUAAAAAGACAGUAUGUGACAGGCUUGUUGCCUCAUAUGUCGAUACAUCGGAGACCAUCUAUCGCAUCGUCCAUUUACCCAUGUUUAUGGAGCAGUACAAUCUUUUCUGGGAAGGGAAAAUACAGUCCGAGUAUUUUUUGCCACAACUACUUUCACUUUGCUCCCUCGCAUCCCGAUUCGAAACUAAAUCCAAAGGGCUUGGCAACGAGCGAUCUGACGGCGUCCAUAUCCCAACAGCAUGCGCUCUUGUGCGAACAUGGCUGGAUAGUCUGAGAGGAAAACAGCUGGUUGAGUUUGAGGUACUUCAGGUCGAGGUCUUGCUCUUACAUGCGCAGCGAAUGAUCACCCCUCGGAUCCAGGACUCUUGGACAUCUCUGGGCUCCAUCGUACGCAUGGCCAUGACAAUGGGUCUUCACCGCGAUCCCUCCGAAUUUGAACCUCGAAUCCCCAUAUACUUUGGCGAAAUGCGACGGCGGUUAUGGUUCACGAUUCUUGAUAUGGACCUCCAUAUCUCACUCGCAAGUAAUCUUCCUUGUUUGGUACGGGAAGGAGACUUUACUUGUCGGCCGCCCCGCAACUUGGAUGACAUUGAGCUUUUCCCAGAUAUGAAAGAGCUACCACAGUCGAAACCCAUAGACGUGGUUACCGACAACCAGAUGCAAGUUUAUGCAGCCAUGACUCUGGGUGUGCGGAUGAAAGUGGCACAUAUGUUGAACCGUAUCGAUACAAUUCGAGACUAUCAAGAGAUCCUGGAGGUGGGAGCCAAGCUGGAGCGAUUCCUUGAUGAUAUCAACUACAUUUUCCCUAGGCAGGGAAUCCUAAGUGAUGCACAGAAGAGCAAGCAAUGGAGGUCGAGGGUCAUCUUGGAUAUGCAUGUGCGGCGGCCAUUACUUGCACUUUAUCGACCUUUUGCAAUAGGAGCAUCUGACGCGCCAGGUCAGAUUUCUCGAGCAUAUCUGAGAUCCUCAAUGGUGAUCAUGAAAUACCUAGACGAGCUGGACCCUAUGCUAGCGCACUUCCAAGAUAUUGCCGAGAUGUAUCACCAGGUAUUGAAGAAGGAUAUUAUCCAGGCAGCUUUGAGUGUGUGUUUCUACAUACGGUCUGCAGUUCGGCCAGCUUCUGAUAGCACCGGACUUGGCUCACAAGCUCUACGUAUGUCUCCUGACUCGUCAGACGACUUCCCGACCUACAACCCGGAGAACCUUGUGCUCUGGUCGCCAUCACGACUCAUCAGCACUGUGGAAAAGACGCUGGACCUUUUGGUUCGCAACAUCAGUGGCCGGGACACCAAGGAUGUGGUCUGUCUUGCUGUUGUUCUGGAAUGCGUGUCCAAACCGGAAGUCAAGACAGAUGAGGUUACACAAAACCUCCGCAUUGUAUUGGAUCGUUGCCUCAGGGCAACCAACAUGAACCUCGACGGUGUCCCUAUGGGCUCUACUGGAGUUCCUGUCGACGGCUUCCAAGGGGAUGCAUACAGGCAUCAUGUACCGUUCAUGUAUCAGCGAAAUUCUAUUGGAGUCCCUGCCGCUCUGAACGACUUUGACAACUGGAUGCUCUGGGAAGGAUGGGAAUAA